CAUCCCAGCUAUUCUGUGCCACUCUCAACAAAACAAAUCUCCCUAUCUCAUUUCCAGCACUUACCAGAAAAAAGAAGAAGAAGAAGAAGAAGAAUGAAUCCAGAAUCAAAGGCGACAACAAUGGCAACAACCACAACGAACAAUGCUGACUCUAAUUCCUCGAAGCCGUGUGCGUACCUUCAGGACGCUGACGAGGUGCAAAAGGUCUUCGAACGGUUUGACGCGAACAGCGACGGCAAGAUCUCCUCGGAGGAGCUCGCCGGAGUUAUGAAAGCCUUGGGAUCCGACACCUCUCCCGAUGAGAUUUCUCGCAUGAUGGUAGAGAUUGACACCGACAAAGACGGUUUCAUCAAUCUCGAGGAGUUUACCGCCUUCUGCAGCGGCAAUUCCCUCUACGGCUCCGCCGACGGUGGGGACGGUGGCGUCAAGGAGCUUCAUGAUGCAUUUGAGUUGUAUGAUCAGGACCAUGACGGCUUCAUUUCGGCUACUGAGUUGCACCUGAUCCUGACUCGGCUUGGCGAGCGGUGCUCGGUUCAGGAUUGCGAGAAGAUGAUCAAGUCCGUCGAUUCGGAUGGGGAUGGAAGAGUUAGCUUCCAAGAGUUUAAGAUCAUGAUGACCAAUAGCAAGAAGGCAUAAGGCGCACGGAUUUUCAGGGGGGGCGCCUCUACAGGGAAUUGCGUCCCCAUCUCUCGGUAAUAAGUUUAGGAGCAAGAUUAGAAAAUAAUUGUGGCUCAGCUAAUUAGGGGUAUGAUCACGUAAAUAGGUGAUUAGCGUUGUUUGCUCGAGGAAACUUUCAGUUACCUCGUUGUAAUUGCAGUUCCAGAACUCUCUUUUUUUUUUUUUAAUUUAAUGAAUAUGCAAGUUGAUCUUUUGACUUUCUA